AGGCACCCACUUUCACCCAUGGGCCGUGUCCCAUAGCCCUUUCCAGUUUUGAGUUGCUCAGUUUUGAUGCGUAGAUAGAAAGAGAAGUGAAAUCGCGAUAUUUAUGUUGUGAAUUGUAGUUUUUGGAGCCCUACCCUAUGAGCCUACCUACACCCUACAUUUAGCACAAAUAUUUAUUGUCACUCUUCGUGUUCGUUUUCCCUCAAGUUGAAGUUCCUCUGAUACUUUUGGGAGUUUUGUUUCAAUAGUCGAGGAUGACACGGUAGUAGUAGAGACGUUGUUGGGGAGAUAAUGCAAGCGGACAGCGGAACUAAUGGUCAAGGGACUGACGGGCCACCCAACAGCGGGCAGCCUGCUCCCGGCGAAGGUGUUCCUGUUGGGCAGUCACCGUUUUCGUGGCAUCGAAUCGCGCAGUUGCAGCAGCUUGCGGGUACAAAUGUUUUCUCGUCGCCUCAAGUGCCCGUUGCAGGAGCUGGAAUUGCGCCAAUUUCGGGCUCCUACCCGAUAUACAAUGCCGCUGGACAACCGAUUCCCCAGCAGGUAGUUGGACCGCCGUGCACCCAGCGCUGCGCUACUUUUUCUGCAUAUCCUGUGCCACUAUGCUACAGCGUCGCUCCGUCGCAGCAAGUAGGGCUCCAGGCGCCGCAGCCAUUGUUGGGCCCGGGAGGUAUUGCUGGCGCGCAGAACAGAGUGGUGGUUGGGCGAUCGCCAUCGGCUUCGAGCCAAUCUAUACCACUCAGCACAAACAACGGCCGCAGAGGCGGUUCAGCCGCGUCUCCUCCACGCAGUUCUACAGCGCAAGUUACUGAAGUUGUUUUAUCGGAUUUGGUUUUAUCCGCCGCUGCGUCUUCUUCGGGGUCUUCGGAAAGAGCAGCAGCCCGCUCCACUGCGCCGGACGGAAAUACGCAGAGUUUUCUAUCGAAGCAUCCGACGCCCAGUGCGUCACCGGAGCAGCAAAUGGCGCGAAAUAAGAGCGUCUCGAGCGGCAGUCCAGACAGUGUAAAGGCAUCGCCUUCAUGCAAGUCUCCGCAUGCGGGCCUUCCAUCACUCGCAAAUGCGGCCACGAUGGCCGAUACGCGUGCGGCCGAACGCGGUGGGGUGCAGGUGUGGCCCGAGAUCCUCUUUAGGAAGAGCAAGGACGACCCGGACCCUGCAAGUGUGAUGUGGAACGAAGCGGCGGCGCCUACUACAACGGGAGAGGCCUUGGACCAUCAUUAAGGCUACCGCUCAAGCAUCCUCCCACAUGGUGGUUCUUGGCCCUUUUUCUACCGGAAAGAGGAACCUCCAAGAACGCAUUCAGGGAUGCAAACCGAACGCGAUAGCUCUAACAUCAGGUGUCGCUAGACCGAGCAUUUGCAAAUUUAGAGAGCUUCGUGCUACGCGGGGAUGGCGUGGAAGAGGCGAUGGAUAAGGCGAUGUUUACAAAAUCGCCUGCACACACAUUCGACAACUUGGCAGCCGCCGGUCAAGGACCUACGGACGCGCAGGAUUCUAGUGCGCGAGGAUCAGGAUCCGCUCGACCCGAUGACGCAGGGAAGACCUCACCGCAACAACAGAAAUCUGCGACUGCUCAAUCGCCUGGCGAACAAAUCUCUUCCCCAUCACGAGCAUCCGGUCAUACGGUCCGUUUUAGCAUAGAUGCCAAAGGGGGUGCUGACUUAAAACAGGAAGCGAGAGAAGCACGAGCUGCAUUCGCGGACUUGUUGGACAAUCAAAGUGACAGCGACAGUGAAUCAGACAAAGACCCCGAUGCGCUAGAGGCAGAGUUAGCCGACAACCCAUUGUUGUUCGAUUUUACCAAAGAAGCCGGAAGACCACGGUCUUCUGGAACUGCCGCUCGUAACGCCACAGGUGGCGUGAUAGCAGAAGACGCAAGCGACGUAAACGCAAGACCCGCAGAUGCUGCGUCACCAAAGUCCAGGCGCGCAAGGCGUGGCAGCAGAGACGAAGCAAGAAAAAAGCAGGCCGAGGAGGGCGGUGGGAGCAGCUCCUCGACGCGUAGCGCUGUUUACGAAGGGCAGUUUAACGCCGCAGGCAAGAAGCACGGCGUUGGGCGGUUGCGUCUGGCGCAGAACACAUAUAUUUACGAGGGAAUCUGGGUCGAUGGUAAGCGGCACGGACGCGGGGUGUUGCGCAGUCUGAAAGAUCUGACCAAGUCCCGCGAGUGUCUCUAUUAUCGCGGUGAGAAACGGGAUCUGCAUGCUCAGAAUAACCUCUCUCCUGGCGAGGACUACACAACAGAAAAGCCGCUCUUGGCGCCCUCUGGCGACGUAGCUGCCCCUUCCGGGUCGCAGGAUGCGAUUGCCGCGAGCUCUUCCCCACUGGCUUCAAGUCGUGCUAGCUUGUCGCUUUCGCCAACAUCCAACGAAGACGGCGCUUCAGCCCCCGCUCGUGGUCCGCGCAAUAGCGGCGGGAGCCGCGGAGCUGUUGUUGUUGGCCAAAACUUUCAUUUUGGUAAGAAAGUUUUACUCGAUGACGGUGCGGUGUACGUCGGUGAAUGGCUUGAUGGUAAAAUGCACGGAAAUGGUGUUCUCUUGGAAAAAGACGGAAUCACGCGAUACGCUGGCCGCUUCGAGAACGAUCUGCGUCACGGAGAAGGCCAACAAGUUUGGGCUUACGGAAAUGAGUACAGCGGUCAGUGGCGGUUAGGAAAGACGCAUGGAGUAGGGAAAGAAAAGUAUCCCGACGGCUCCUGGUACCACGGUCAAUACGAAGACGAUCGGCGACAAGGAGAGGGUGAGUACAGGUGGGCAGAGGGCCAAUACUACUCGGGGCAGUGGAGAUUUGGGAAAACGGUACCUGUCUUUGCACUGCAGCAUUCGGAUCUUUUGCCCUAAACGUCUACUUUUUGAAGAACUGCAGUAAUAUCAUUUUGUUCUUUUGAACGAUAGUACGUUGAAUUAUGAUGAGUUUUCUCUGGGGAUUUUUUUUGAAAUCUUCCAUCCUCCAUCCUACAACUCGGUGACAAUUCAUUGGAAUGGUUGUAAGAAGUACUUCUAAACUGACUUAAUCUAGUAUAUCACAAUCAAUCUACUUCUCUCCAACUCGCUCAGCACGGAGAAGGCCGGAAAGUGUAUCAGGACAGAGGAUAUUACGAAGGCGCAUGGAGAGAAGACUUGAGACACGGACGUGGCGUAUAUGUAUGGCCAGAUGGGCGAAAGUAUGACGGUCAAUGGAAGGACGGACGCAAGCAUGGCCUGGGAGCAGAGUCAUUGCCGAAUGGUGCAAAGUAUGAAGGUACUGCUUUUUUUCGAAAACCACUGCAUCAUUGACCACAUAACUCCAUUCUAAUGCAUGUGGGCUUACUUAUAGACUUCUAGUUCUAUUCUAGUGUAUGUUUCUGAUUAGUUCUGUUCAAGAGAAUUCCUUGCUUGCAUGAAUGUGAAAUUGAUUGCAGGAAACUGGAAAGACGAUCGUAGGCAUGGCAAGGGUGUCCACCACUUCGUUGGUGGCGAGUGCUACGACGGCGACUGGCUCGAAGGGAAGAAGCAUGGGCGUGCCAAAGAAGUCUAUGGCGAGAGGGAAUUUUUUGAAGGACAGUGGCACUCUGACAUGCGCCACGGCUAUGGAAAAUACGAGUGGGAGGACGGCCGAAAAUACAUUGGCGAAUGGCGGUUUGGUAAGAAGCAUGGCGCAGGUGUAGAAACCUACCCGAACGGCUCAGUCUACGAUGGACAGUGGCUUAACAGCAUGCGCAAUGGCAUUGGACAUCACACUUGGCCGAACGGAUCCGUCUAUUUAGGUACUGAGAACAAAUGACGCAAGCUGCUAUUUUUUAUAGUAUCGAAAACUAGGGUUAGGGUGUCUUUCUUUACCAAUAAGGAAGAAACAUGUCAAUUCACAACAUCUGAGCGAGCUCAUCAUUUUCGUUUCAUGGUGCUGCCGCUAUACGACUACAUCAGGCCAAUGGCGCGACGGCAAAAAGCACGGCUUUGGAAAGUACACUUUUGUGAGUGGCGAGAUCUACGACGGAGAGUGGCGCGAGGACAAGCGGCACGGCCGUGGUCGCAAUAUCUAUGCCACAGGCGAGAUCUAUAACGGGCAGUGGCACGGCGAUCAGAAACAGGGGUAUGCAAGCGAAACCUACCCGGAAGGCGGCGUCUACGAAGGCCAAUGGAAAAACAACAAGCGAAGCGGAGAGGGGCGGUACUUGUGGACUGACGGGCGCGAAUAUAUUGGGCAGUGGAAAGACGGAGGUAUCCACGGCUACGGCUGCAACAAGUUUACCAACGGCAUUUUGUAUCGCGGCCAGUGGGAGAAUGGCAUAUCGCAGGGCUUUGGCAAGGAGAGGUAUCCUGGUGGCGGUGAGUACGAAGGGCAAUGGUUGAACAAUCGCCGCCACGGAUUCGGCGUCUACACGGGCGGCGAUGGUCGCGUGUUUGAAGGCACGUGGGUCGAUGGAGAGCGGGCCGAUCGCCGGAGGGUCGCAAACGUUGCAGGGGCGCAAGCGUGAUAGAGCUGCCUCGUGAACAAUGAAUGUCUAGUUGAGAUCAACUGCUACUCCUCCCUGCCUACUAAUAAUUUACUUGUUUCUUGUUGAUGUUCUUGUUGUUCUUCUUCGCUUUCUGAGGGUUUUAUACGGCAGAUCAUCAUAAGCAGGUGUCAUGCCUGCCACGCCAUGGGCCAGCUGUCUCAGAAGGCCCUGAUAAAUCAAAUUCGCUCGCCUCCCUUGGUUUUAUUCGAUGUGAUUUUUGUUCUCUUUUCUCAUCAUACAGCACCAGAUUAAGUUGGUGGGUGUGCCACCAUUGACCAUGGCGGAAAGUUUCUAUCAGUAUUAAUACACUGGCAAGGCAGCCUGCCGCUUUGCUCUCGGGACGUCGAAUGCGUUAUAUAACCGGUGUUCGAGAAAAUCGCUAUAA